UCAUCUCUUUUCCUGGAAAACACUGUGUUUCCAGGUGAGAAAAGUCUCACUGAACAUCCUAAAUCUUGUCUAUUCUAGCUGUAUUAAUAACCUCUAGCUACAAACCCCUAAUUAAAGGAACUUAUUAGGUCUUUUCCAAAUGGAGCCAGGGUUGCACAGCCCUGACCACAGGACCUCUGUGUAACUCAUGGAUUCUCAAACUGGCUUCAUCCAGCUCCUUUGGGAGGAAGAGGAUCCUGCCAGGUGAAGUCCAGCUCCUCCUAAAGUCACAAAAGGGUCAAAGAGGAGGUUCUUCCCAGGGGAAGUGGUUCCAGAGGUGGUUUUGGAGGAACCUCAUCCUAGUGACUUCUUGAGAAAUUAAUCUGGACUGGAGCCUCCAAGUGGUGCUGCCAGCUGUAGAGUUUGGCUCCCAAAUGCUUUUCCAUAUGUCCCUGGCCACUGAAUGUUGGAAAGGUGGAGUCUGGCACAGGGAUGGGAAGAGGGAUGGAUCCUCCCUGUAAGAAGUAAAAGUUGCUCCUGGGAUAUUCUGGGAAUGAGAAAAGAACAUGAAUGGGAAACAAAGAGCACAGUAGGUGCUCCUUGUGAUGUGGUGAGGGGAGGUCAGACACCCCCAAGGACCAUCAAGGUCUUGCACCCCUUGAAAUACCAAAAGAGGUGGGGAAAUAUGGGAGAGAAUAUGAGCAGGGGUAACUGUAAUUACGGAUGGAGGCUAAUGAGAUAAGGAGAUCUGUCAGCAAAGCUCAUGAGUCAGGCAGGAUUUGGGGAAUUUCACAACUGCCCCACUGGUGUUGGUGUUUAUCCGACCUCUCCGGGCAGCCAUUAAUUGCUGCCUGAUUAACCAAACCCAAUAACAACAUUAGAGACCUGCUAAUUACCACGGAAUGGAGACAAGCUCCUCCAGAACGUAUAAAGGAGAACUUCCAUACUCCUCUGGAGUAGCUGAGGAUCCUUCAUUCUCAUUUCUCCUCCUGUUUCAUCACCUCCUCUACCAGCUCUCCUGCCUGGAAGUGCUGCCAUGAGACAAUAUUUCUCCAGAUAUGGGAAUGGGAAUUUCAGUUCUUCUUCCACUCACUGUGGGACCACUGGUGGUGGAGAUGGGAGAUUCGGAGGGUUUGGGUAUGGGUAUGGUAGCAGGAGCCUCCACAACCUUGGAGGGUUUAGGAAUGUCUAUACUUGUGGAGGCUAUGGAGGAGAAGGAGUAAGAUAUGGGAGAUGCCUUGGGCUUGGUGGCUGGAGACAACCUGAGAGGGGAUUUGGUGGAAGAGGAUAUUUCAUAGGAGGUUUUCAGAGUGGUGAAACAGGGCUUAGUGGCACCUACAGAGGAGGUUCAGGCAGGGAGGUGCUCAGAGGAGGCCUUAGAGUAGGGGAACAAGGGGCUGGACAGGGAUUGGGACAGGCUGGAGCUCUCCGAGGCAUUGAGGAGGUCCAUGUCAACACCAACCUGUUGAGGCCAAUACAGCUCCAGGUGGACCCCGAGUUCCAGCAAGUGCGCUCAGAUGAGAAGGAGCAGAUCAAAUCUCUCAACAACAAAUUUGCAUCAUUCAUCGAGAAGGUUCAAUGUCUGGAGCGACAGAAUCAGGCACUCUUGGCCAAGUGGGAACUUCUGCAGCAGCAAAGCUCUGGCCCUGAGGAAAGCAGGAACAUCAACAACUUCUUCAAGUCCUACAUCACCAACCUGCAGCGGCAGCUUGAGACACUCCAGAGCCAGAAGGAGCAGCUGGAUCCUGAAGCCUACAACAUGCUCCAGCUUGUUGAGGGUUAUAAAAACAGAUUUGAGGAUGAGAUCAACAAACGCACGUCCAUGGAGGAAGAAUUUGUGGAGCUUAAAAAGGAACUGGAUAGUGCCUACAUGGGAAAAAUGGAGUUUGAUGUCCGAGUGGAUAUCCUGAGGCAGGAGCUGGAAUUCCUUCGGUGUUUAUAUGAAGCUGAACUGUCUCAGCUGCAAACGGUUGUUGGGAACACUGAUAUUAUUCUGUCCAUGGACAACUACAGGGACCUGAACAUGGAAGGAAUCAUUGAGGAGGUCAGGCAGGAAUAUGAGGGGAUGGCCCACAGGAGCACAGCCGAAGUGGAUGCCAUGUACCAGCGCAGGUACCAGGACCUGCAGAACAUGUGGGUGAAUCAACGAGAGCAGCUGAGGAACAGUCACCAGGAAAUCCAGGAACUUGCCAGGCAGAUCCAAAGACUCCAACCAGAAAUUGAAAUUGCAAGGAAAAGGAAUUUCAGCCUCCAGGACUCCAUUAAAGAUGCUGAGCACUGUGGGAGCUUGGCCAUCAGGGACAGCCAGGAAAAGCUCCAGAAGCUGGAAAAUGCUCUCCAACAGGCCAAGGAUGACCUUUCUCAACUUGUCCAUGAUUACCAGGACCUCCUGAAUGUGAAGCUGGGCUUGGACAUUGAGAUCGCCAUGUAUCGAUCACUCCUUGAGGAGGAGGAGAACAGGAUCCAGGAAGGAUCACCGGCCACGAUAUGGCAGAAGGGAAGGAAAUAAAAACUAGUCCCAAGAUUUGUGGAAAAGUUGAGGAAGCUGAAGGAGAGAAAAACAUAAUCUUGGCCUCUGCAAAUGCUGGGCUGCACUGAGUGUUCAUGUGUGGAAUAAGAUAUACGUUGUGUUUUUAAAAAAGUUAAAACUAAGAAAAAUGAUAAAAUAUUCCAUAGUCUGAUCUCUGCUAUGGGAGAUUCUUGUUGGGCACCUUCAAAAAUAAGUCCAUGACCACCAAGGUAUCAUUGACCACGACAGCAGAGCUCCUGGGGUAUUUGGAGGCAUAAAAAGUGUGAAGGGGAG